AGCAACAAAAGGGUGAUGAUGAUAUAUCUCUCUCUUGUCGCAAAAGCAAUGGCUUUUGCUUAUCUUAUAACCUUGUUAUUGGCAACAAAAAGUCUUUGUGCGUGUUGAAUGGGGUUCUCAGUUUCAUCACUUAGCUUUCGUGGUGUUUUCUUCCUCUAAUUGGGUCGGCAAAACAAGGGCUUUAUAUAGAAGAUUUGGUUGAUCUAUUGAGUUAAGUUUUGGAGAGGGUUUGCUCUGAGUGGAGAAACAAAAUGUCAACAAUGGACUUGAGGCAAGCCUUGUCUGGACUUCUCACUCUCUCUAUGUUCAUUAUGCUUGGGAACAUGAUCAAGAAGGACCAUAUUGAUCCAUUGUAUGGUCUUGAGGUUCAAGCUACACCAGCUUCCCAGAAUGCCUCCGAACAAACCCUUACAGCGGUUUCACACGUAAGCAAAAUGCCUUUGAAGGAAAAUGGUGAAGAACUUAAACCAUGUAGAAUCCCCCUUGCACUUGAAGAGGCACAUCAAUCUAAAGGUUUCGUCAUAUUCUCCUUAACAAAUGGCCCUGAGUAUCAUCUCUCACAGAUUGCUGAUGCAGUGGUGGUUGCUAGAAUCCUGGGAGCCACUCUCGUGCUUCCUGACAUCAGGAGUAGCAAUUCCGGAUAUAGCAUGAGCCUAGGAGAUAUUUAUGAUGUUCAAAGAACUAUUAAUAAGCUGGAUAGGUUGGUGAGAGUAACUAAGACACUCCCUUCCCAAGUAUCCAAAGGAAACCCUCCAAUAGUGAAGGUGCCUAACAGGGUUUCACAAGAUUUCAUUGAAAGGAAAGUAAAGCCAAUAUACAAAUCAAAGGGAAUUGUGAAGAUUGAGUCAUACUUUACCUCAGUUAAUCCAACAGUAGCAGGAAACAAGAAGAGCCUGGACACUUUUGCAUGCCAAGCAAUGUUUGGAACUCUUAAGUUACAAUCAGAGAUAGAAGAAGUAGUGGACUCUAUGGUCCAAAAGCUGCAAUGUUUGAGCCAGAACUCAAAUGGCCAGUUCAUUGCAGUGGAUUUGAGGACUGAGAUGCCGGGAAAGGAGUGUCACAGAAAAGAUGUCUCAGGAAGGAAACUUUGUUACCAGGCACAUGAGAUAGGUGAAUUUCUCAAGAAGAUUGGAUUCAGUCCCGAGACUACUGUUAUUUAUGUGACUCGAACCAAAUGGAAUCAUGAUCUUGAUGCACUGAAAGAUAUCUUCCCAAAAACCUAUACCAAGGAAAGUGUAAUGGCAGAAGACAAGAAGGGUAAGUUUCUGAGGUCUGAAUUUGAGAAGGUGAUUGAUUUCUACAUGUGUUCUGAAAGUGAUGUGUUUGUGCCCUCUAUUGCUGGCAUCUUCUAUGCUAAUGUUGCUGGGAUGAGAAUUGUAUCAAGGAACAACCACAUACUUGUUCCUGCUGAAAUAACAGGACCAUCAGCUUCAGCCUCUAGCCUCUGACUACAUGUCUCCCUAUGUGUCUCAGAAGAGCCAUUUUGCGUAUGCUUGCUUUUGCUAAUCUACCCCUGUUCUCUAAAUGCAUCUAUGUUUAUGUCAACCAACUUGUGCACUCUGUUCAAGAUGGAAACAAUGGUUAUGGUAAAAUAAAAAGUGUGUAGCAAUAUUAUGUGUCAGCUGUUAAUAUCUCUACCUUCAUGUUUGAAUUUCUAGGAUAAAUUUUUCUCAUUAGUACU